UCGAUCCACGGGAUAUCGGGGCCUUGAAAAACCUAAUUUAAAUCCGACUCGUCUGUCGGAACGAGAAAAACCUAGCUCGAAAUUCAAAACAGUAAAUUCGAUUGAGUGCAUUCUAUAUUUUUUCUGUUUUGUUUUUUUUUUUUAUUGUGUGUGUUAUUGACCGCUGUUUUGUGUAUGGAUUAAGGUACAGUUGUAAUAAAAUAUGAAAACAAACAAUUGACUACAAAUAUGGAGGUUGUCAGAUACAAACUAGUUCUAACGAUAUUAUUAGUAAUUUUCGUUCAGAAUGCUUACAACGAAAAUGUUGAGACCAUAACAAAAAAUACUACUAACAUAAAUAAAACAAUUGAAAAUGAUGAUAAAGAAAAAGCCAAACAAUAUCUUGAAGCUAUUGCCAAUGUUACAGCAAACAGAUCCUUACAAGAUGAUCAAAUAAAUGCAAUAAUCGAAUCCAUCAAUCAAAUAAAAAAUAAUUUAACAUCAGAUAAAAAUCUAAGGCAUGACGAUAAAGAUGAGCUGAAUGAAGCUAUAAUCCUCAGUUUACCUAAAAGCUUCAAUAAAACUCAAAUCAAUAUAACUAAAAGUGAUACUGUGUCAGAAGCUAAGACUAAUGAAAAAACUAAUAAAACAAAUAUAUUUCUAGAACAUUUUGAAAAUUUGAAAAACCAUGCAACAGAAAUAAUUAAUUUUAAUGCCACAGUUGAAAACAUAAAAAAGGAUUACGAUAAACAAGUGAACCAGACUGAGAAUAACCAAACAACGUAUGUAGAAAUAAUGACCAUAGAACCGAAUAACGCUAACAAAAGCAAUUCAACAUCACAUAACAUUAUAGAAAUCCUGAAACAUUUGAUGCCGAUGUUCAACAGCACGUUGACCAAAGAACUUCACAACAUAACUGUCAUAGAAAGAGAUCGCAGUAAGAACCACUCAUUUUCCGAGGUCAAAAACAUCUCGACUAUAAUCGUCACCUAUUGUGAUAAAGAAAACUUGACAAAAGCAAGUCCUACCUCGGAUCUUGGAGCAGAGACUGAUGUGAAACUACCGGCAAAUUCUACAAAGAAUGACGACUUCUUGGAAGAGAUAUCCGCACAAUUUUUUGACGAUGAUGAUUAUGAGGAUGAAGACAUACCUGAAACAAAUUUAACUAAUGAGGAAAAGAAAGACAUAAUGGAGGCGGCGGAUUAUGGAAUGAGAAAAAUGCAUGAGUUAUACAGUAUUAUGGAGCCGAAGUUGUAUUCUAUGGGUCUCUGGCUGGACGACACGAACCCGGCGCGCUACGUGGCGGCGUUCAGUGCUCCCUCCGAGGAGGCGGCGCGGCUCACGCGCUACGGGUAUGCGAGUCUGCAGGCCGCCGCCCGCCUCCGGCAGCGGGCCAGGUGA